CAGUUUCUGCCUCAAGUUCCUACCAUUAAUUCCUUUCCUGACUUCCCUUCAUGACAGACUGAAACCUGUAAGGACAUUGCUUUCUUCAAUCAAUCAAUAUGCAUGCAGUGGCAGACACAGUUAUCUUUUUUGGAAAGUUUCUAUAUUACUUUUUAGAAUCUUUAGUUUUCAAGGUAAUUCCUAAAAGAAGAAAGGAUGUUUCUGGAGAGAUUGUACUUAUAACAGGAGCUGGGAGUGGACUUGGAAGGCUACUGGCCAUGCAUUUUGCCAACCACGGGGCCACCUUAGUUCUCUGGGACAUUAAUCAAGAAGGCAAUAUGGAAACAUAUAAACUGGUCAAACAAAAAGGUGAUGUGAAAGUCUUUGCCUACAAGUGUGAUUGCAGCAACAGAACAGAGGUCUACAGAGUUGCUGAUCAGGUUAGAGAAGAAGUUGGUGAUGUCACCAUUCUCAUUAAUAAUGCAGGUAUUGUGACAGGAAAGUCGUUCCUUGAUACUCCAGAUCACUUGGUGGAAAAAUCAUUUCUUGUCAAUGCCAUCUCUCACUUCUGGAUUUGUAAAACCUUUCUUCCUGCCAUGAUUAACGCUAACCAUGGUCACCUGGUCUGUAUUUCAAGCAUAGCAGGAGUCGUUGGUAUUAAUGGACUAUCAGAUUAUUCUUCAAGCAAAUUUGCAGCCUUUGGUCUUGCUGAGUCUCUCUUCCUUGAAUUAACUAUGGUACGGAAAACUAAUAUUAAAAGCACCAUUGUUUGCCCCUAUUUCAUCAAAACUGGAAUGUUUGAAGGCUGUAAAACCAAGUAUCCACUUCUCUUACCUCUCCUGGAGCAGGAAUUCGUGGCCCAAAAAAUUUUCCAUGCUAUUUUAGAGGACCAAGUUUACCUCCUCAUACCCAAGUUUGCAUAUUUUACAUUGUUUCUCAAACAACUGAUAUCUCCAAAAAUGAUGAUUGCCCUGGGUGAGUACCUUGGUGUGGACACAUGUAUGACUUCGUUCACAGGGAGAGCCGAAGCAGAAUUGCUGCAGACUGAAACAGAAAGGAAAGAGCAAUAGCUCAGGCCUCGACCAUGAUAACGACAUAUAGAGAUGAGACAGGAUGCUGUUGGGAAUCUCCCUAGUGGUUGCAGCAUCCCAGUGUACCUGGGGCCAUCCAGGCUUUGGGAAAUAUGUAACUUGUCUUCUCAGGAGACAGUUUGCACAUGGCUCUUAGUCUUUUUCUCUUCUCUCUCCUGGUUGUUUUUCUAUCUCUCUCUCACAAAAAGAUUCUCAAUAUAUUGUCUAGACUGGCUUUUCAUAUACUCCUGCUGGAUUUGUAGACAUUUAUUCUCUUUCUCAGCCACACUGAUAUUUUUUAACAUUUAUAUUAUCUAUUCAGAUUCCCAUAUAUUUCUUCAGCAUGGUAAAUAAAAAUGUUGUAGCCUUUUCAGUGAACUCCAAAAAGACUACAUGAUGAUCAUAUAAAGACUGUUAUAAAGACUAAAUCUGAACAUGCUUAUUGGAUUAAAGAAACCUGUAACUUAACAGUUUUGUUCGCAUCCCAAUGUGUUGAACAAUUCUUCAUUCUUUUACUUCAUAUGAAAAAUAAACAAUUUAGACUUUCUAUGCUCUGCUGGCUUGUAAAUAAAACUUAUUUUUGUAUUAACAUC